AUGACCAUUGUCGUGGAGGUCGCGCUCGCAAGUGGCAGAACGGUUUCAUUGGAGGUGGGUUUGGACGAUGCUGUGGAGUUAUUGGGGCUUCGGGCACAGACUGCUCUGGCCGUUGGAAGGGGUCGGCUAGUGGAUUCCUGCGGAUGUGUCCUGGACCGAGCAUCCACUGUCAAGGCGGCUAAUGUGCAGGACGGUGAUUUGUUGAUGUUGCAGAUCAGCCAGGUUCGCGUUUGCGCAGGUGUCCACGCCUUUGCAGCGAUCAUGGGCGAUGGCUCUGUUGUAUCUUGGGGAGACCGUCGCUACGGCGGUGACAGCAGGAAGGUACAGGAUCAGCUGAAGAAUGUGCAGCAGAUUAAAUCAUCAGAUUUGGCCUUUGCGGCAAUUCUUGCCGACGGGUGUGUGGUUAGCUGGGGCGACGUUCGCAGCGGUGGGGACAGUAGCGCUGUUCACCAUCAGCUCAAAGACGUCCAGCAGAUUCAAGCCUCACGUGCGGCUUUCGCGGCCAUUCUGAGGGACGGAUCUGUGGUUACCUGGGGCGACCGUCUUUGCGGUGGCGACAGCGAGACAGUACGAGACCGGCUGCACCAUGUGUGGCAGAUUCAGUCCACAUGUGAUGCUUUUGCUGCCAUCCUUCGUGAUGGAUCCGUCGUGACGUGGGGCGAUCCUGACAGCGGCGGUGACAGUAGCUCUAUCCAAGAUGUAUUGAGAAACGUGCAACAGAUCCAGGCGACAGAGAACGCCUUUGCUGCUAUCCUACAUGAAGGAUCUGUUGUGACUUGGGGCGCUGCUGACAGCGGUGGUGACAGCAGCUCUGUGCAGGAUCUCCUAAGGAACGUGCAGCACGUGCAGGCCGCAGGCGACGCCUUUGCUGCGCUUCUUCAUAGCGGAGCUGUCGUGACCUGGGGCGAUGCCCACGGUGGCGGUGACAGCAGCUCCGUCCAAGAUCAGCUGAGGCAUGUGCAGCAGAUCCAGUCCACAGGUGACGCUUUUGCCGCCAUCCUUCAUGAUGGAUCUGUUGUAACAUGGGGCGAUGCCCAGUCAGGGGGUGAUUGUGUGGCAGUGCAAGAGCAGCUGAAGAACGUAUGGCAGAUUCAAUCCUCGAGCGAUGCUUUUGCCGCUGUCCUUUGUGACGGCUCCGUCGUGACUUGGGGCGAUUCGAGAAAUGGUGGCGAUAGUCUUGCUCUACAAGAGCAGCUGAAAAGAGUGCAGCAUAUCCAAGCCUCAUGUGAUGCUUUCGCUGCCACGCUUGACGACGGAUCCGUCCUAUCCUGGGGCAAUGCUCGUUUCGGUGCCGACAGCAGGCCUGUUCACGACCAGCUGAAGAACGUUCUGCACAUCCAAUCGACCGAUUCGGCCUUUGCGGCCGUUCUUGCCGACGCAUCUGUCGUGACCUGGGGCGAUGCUCGCUGUGGUGGUGACAGCAGUGCAGUUAAAGAGCAGCUGAAAGUCAAGGGUGCAAGGUGA